GUCCACCCUCGUUAGAUGGACCUUCUCGAUUUGAGGAACACACACCGUGCAGCUUUCAGUGCUGCAGCCAUGGCAGAAAACGGAGCAUUGGAAAACCACCGUAUAAAAAGCUUUAAAAACAAAGGACGUGAUGCAGAGGCAAUGAGAAGACAUCGGAAUGAAGUAUCCGUAGAGCUGAGAAAGAAUAAAAGAGAUGAGCACCUGCUGAAGAAAAGGAAUGUUCCACAGAGUGAGAGUGCAGAUGACUCUGAUGUAGACAAUGAUCUUAAAGGACAAAAUUUAACCCUGGAAACCAUCUUACAGAAUGCCUCCAGUAACAACAAUGUGUUGCAGCUCAGUGCAGUACAAGCAGCCAGGAAGUUGCUGUCCAGUGAUAGAAACCCUCCUAUAGAUGAUCUGGUUCGAUCUGGAAUCCUGCCCGUUCUGGUCAACUGCCUGGAUAGAGAUGAUCACCCUUCUCUCCAGUUUGAGGCAGCCUGGGCUCUUACGAAUAUUGCUUCUGGGACAUCAGCUCAGACACAGGCCGUGGUCCAGUCCAAUGCAGUGCCACUGUUCCUGAGACUGCUCCACUCCCCACACCAGAAUGUGUGUGAGCAGGCAGUGUGGGCGCUGGGCAACAUCAUUGGAGAUGGGCCUCAGUGCAGGGAUUAUGUCAUCUCUCUGGGUGUAGUAAAGCCUCUGCUGUCCUUCAUCUGCCCUACCGUACCGUUGUCCUUUCUACGCAAUGUCACCUGGGUCAUCGUCAACCUCUGCCGCAACAAAGACCCACCACCACCCAUGGAGACAGUGCAGGAGAUUCUUCCCGCAUUGAGUGUCCUAAUAUACCACACUGAUAUUAAUAUUCUGGUGGACACAGUGUGGGCAGUGUCAUAUCUGACAGACGGAGGUAACGAGCAGAUCCAAAUGGUGAUUGAGUCUGGAGUCGUGCCUUUCCUAGUCCCUCUGCUCAGUCAUCAGGAGGUUAAAGUUCAGACGGCGGCCCUGAGGGCGGUGGGGAACAUUGUCACAGGAACAGACGAACAGACGCAAGCAGUGCUCAACUGUGAUGUUCUCUCACACUUCCCCUUGCUGCUCACACACCCCAAGGACAAAAUCAACAAGGAGGCAGUAUGGUUCCUGUCCAAUAUCACAGCAGGAAACCAGCAGCAAGUCCAAGCUGUGAUUGAUGCUGGCCUCAUCCCUCUGAUCAUACACCAGUUAGCAAAGGGUGACUUCGGGACUCAGAAAGAGGCAGCAUGGGCCAUCAGCAACCUCACUAUUAGUGGCAAGAAAGAGCAGGUGGAGUACCUGGUGCAGCAGGGCGUGGUGGCUCCUCUGUGCGAUUUGCUGGUGGUGCGAGAUGCGCAGGUGGUGCAGGUGGUUCUGGAUGGCUUGAAGAACAUCCUGCUGAUGGCAGGAGAGCAGGCCAGCACUGUUUCCAACAUCAUCGAGGAGUGUGGAGGUUUGGAGAAGAUUGAGAACCUGCAGCAGCACGAGAAUGAGUACAUCUACAAGCUGGCCUUCGAGAUCAUAGACCAGUACUUCUCAGGAGACAACAUUGAUGAGGACUCGAGUCUGGUCCCUGAGGCAGCGCAGGGAGGAACAUUUACCUUUAAUCCUCCUGGUGAUCUGCAGACCAACGACUUCAAGUUCUGAAGACCGUAAACACACAGGCACGCAUAGUGGGGUAUAUAGGAUACUUCAGCUCGCCUUCCACGUUAUAAAAUAUCAAACGAUUUUCGCUUUUUUCAGGUGGUCUUUCAUGCACACACAUCAUGCAAAUAUUUGGUGUUUCUGACCUUGUGGCCAUCAUGCGCUGUAUUUCUGCUCUGGGAUGGACUUUUAUUUUUAUUUUUACUUUUUCUUUUUUUAAUCGUUUAGCUAAGACAUGGGUUUUAUGUAUAAAAUGAAAAAAAUUGUGUAUUUCUGAGUUAAAUUUAAAAACACUUUAGCUAUAGAGGACCAAUCAGCAAAAUGAGGAAUUUCCUAAAUAUAUUUAAUUUGUUUUAUAUCAAAUUGCACUGAAAUGACUCUUGUGUGCAUUUGUGUUUUCAGAGGACUUCUUUUUGUCACUUUUUAUAUGAGAAAAACUGUCCUUACAAGCCUUACAUUAAUAACUUAUUAUUUUUAUUUCAUUUUAUUCAGUUUGUGUAAGGAAUGCAUAUUUUCAUGUUUUUCAUGAGCGUGUAUAUACAUAUAUAUUGUUUGCAGGCUCCCACAAACACUCAUAUGCACAUGUAGUAUGGCAUACAAACGCAUUAUUUUUCAUGCAUUUGUGUGUGUGAGAAAUUUUAUUAUUAUCCAGAUUGAGCCACUUCAAACAUAUAUUUUUCAGUCUUGUAUCAGACAGUGAUACGAGCUUAAAUCCAUUGCAAGAUUUUUCCUUGCAGCAACGAAAUUCAUUCAUUUUUGUUUUUGUUACUUGUUCUAAAAUUAUGUAUUUGGGUUAACUCUAGUCUGAACUCUUUAACUUGGCUCCUCAUUGUUGCUCAAGUCUUGUGCUGAAUAAAAGCAAGAUUGAGUCGCUUUUCACAGCAGUGUAUUCACUUGUGAUGUAAAAUAGGGAUGGACAAUACCAUGUUUUCCUAAUUAGAGUUGUAAUGAUUCAUAAAUUAUUUCAGAAUUUGAUUUAGUAUGAUACUGUGGUGUCUCAGCAAUUCUGUAAAAUAUUAAAUAAAAUUUUGUAUCCUCUA